GCGUGUCCCUGAGUCAUGCAUAUAAUAGCCAGACGAGCUGCGAUAGGCUUCUGCUCUCCGCUCCUCAGCUCUCUGUGCAGCAGCAGACUCACCGGCAGCCGCAGCCUCUCCACCAUGGAUCAGCUCUCCUCCUCACAAGUGGUUUUCAACAAGCCCAAGGUUGAGCUGCAUGUGCACCUCGAUGGAGCCAUCAGGGUGCAAACCAUUCUUGAUGUUGCCAAAAGACGCGGCAUUGAUCUGCCGGCUAACACCGUAGAGGGAAUGACCCAAAGGAUAAUUCUUGAAGAGCCUGCCACCCUCACCUUCUUCCUGAGCAAGUUCGCAGAGUACAUGCACGUGGUUGCUGGGGACAGAGAAGCCAUUAAGAGGAUAGCCUACGAGUUUGUGGAGGACAAAGCCAAGGAGGGAGUGAUUUAUGUUGAGGUCAGAUACAGCCCGCAUUUCCUAGCCAACACUAAAGUGGACCCUAUUCCGUGGGAGCAGGCGGAAGGUGACUUGAGCCCAGAUGAGGUGGUUCACCUGGUUAACGAGGGCCUCCGCGAGGGGGAGAGGGCCUUCAAUAUCAAAGCCAGGUCCAUUCUAUGCUGCAUGCGCCACAUGCCAAACUGGUCCAUGGAUGUCGUGGAGUUGUGCAAGAAGUAUCGGCAUGAGGGAGUGGUUGCCAUCGAUCUGGCAGGUGAUGAAUCACUCAACUGUGAAGCCAAUCCAGGCCAUAGGAGAGCCUAUGAGGAAGCAGUGUGUUGUGGAGUCCACAGGACAGUUCAUGCAGGAGAAGUGGGCCCGGCGUCGGUGGUGAAAGAGGCGGUAGAAGUGCUGAAAGCAGAACGUGUUGGACACGGUUACAGAACCCUAGAAGACCAAGACCUGUACAAGGAACUGCUGGCUCAAAACAUGCACUUUGAGGUGUGUCCUAUUUCCAGUAAGCUGACAGGUGCCUGCGACCCAGACUUCACCAAACACCCUGUCAUCACGUUCAGGAAGGACAAGGCCAACUACUCCCUGAAUACAGAUGACCCUCUGAUCUUCAACUCAUCCAUCCACCUCGACUACAGCACCGCUCACAAAUACAUGGGCUUCACUGAGGAGGAAUUCAAACGACUGAACAUCAAUUCUGCUAAGUCGUGCUUCCUACCCGAUGAUGAGAAGGAAGAGCUCCUCCACAGACUGUACGAGGCCUACGGGAUGUUACAGAGCACCGCCUUUUAAGAGAGCAGAACACCAGAGGAGAAAAAGUGACUUAACCCAGGAACAAAUCACUCUGAUCCCUUAACCUCCUCACCUGACACAAUGGAAUGUGUUUUUACUUCAUUGUAACCCGACAUAAAGCCUACAGAAUAAUAUAUCAGGUGUUUGGCUACUAGUAUAUGGCUUCUCCUCAUCUACCUGUACAUCAUCAUCAGCUUGUCUUUUGUCGACAUUUCAUCUAAGCGCUUACAUAGUUUUCAUGUGUUAGUUUAAGGUGCUGUUUCAGAGGAAGUCACGGCCCUCUGCAAGGUGCAAAAAACAGAGCGAUGCAAGCGUUUUGUAUUGCAGAUUCUGUCUAUAUCAAAACUCUGGACACUUUCUUUUUCUUGUGUUUACAUCCUUUUCUAAUACAGGGAAUCAGGGAAGCUGUAAAUGCACAAUUACUCAACAUUUUGUCAGCCUGAAAAGAAAGGAGAAAUGAGGUUAUCUGUUGUUCACUUCUGUCUUUGCUAAAACAUUGCAGUGGUGUGUUAGGAUAAAAAACAGUGAAUGAUGGCUGAACGGUGUACAGGCUAAACACUUACUACCUUUGGGAAAAUAUAGUUUACUAUGAUAUCUGUUGUUCAUUUGAAGGGUGAAGUAAUGUGAUCCACUGUCACAAACAUGUAAUUUUUGCCUUCCACAUCUAAAACUGCAGGAUACAUCAGGUGAAAACAGCUCAAUACCAAAAGUUUAGUCUUAUAUGUGAACACUAGGUGGUGCACUACUCUCACCUAGAUGGAUAAACCACCUAAUGUGGUUUUGCAUUUGAUAAAUACUCGGUUCUUUUGAUGUAUAUAUUUAUUUAAAGUGUCUUUUUCUUUUCACAAAUUUUAAAAAAGCACUUCCAUUUGUAACAUUUAUGACACUUUUAAAAACAUCUUUGACUAUAAUAAAGGCUAUAAUGAAAUGUU